UCCGGGGAACAGAAGUCCGGAAGUUCGAGGGGCUGUUCUCGCCCACUAAUUCUCGUACACGUCCCUCGGUGCCGGCAUAGGUGCGUGUACUGCACCUUUUCGGGUUCCGACCCACUGUGCCCUGUGCGGGUCACCGCUUGCGGAUCUGGAUUGGGCGCAAGGCAGAUUGAGCAAACCGGGCGUGUGCACUCCUCCAGAAGAGCUAGCGGAACGGGCCGCUAGUGGCGCUUUUUGGUAACUGAAGCCAGAGGGAGUGGUUGCAGGCUUCAGCUGUGUUUUUCCAAGCCUGGUCGGCUGUGCAGUGGAGCCCAGGUUCCAGGGAUGUAUAUGCAGGUGGAGACACGCACCAGCACCCGCCUCCAUCUGAAGAGGGCUCCAGGCAUCCGGUCUUGGUCCCUGCUGGUCGGAAUACUAUCCACCGGCCUGGCUGCUGCCUAUUACAGUGGAGAUAGUCUGGGCUGGAAGCUCUUCUAUGUCACGGGCUGCCUGUUUGUGGCUGUACAGAACUUGGAGGACUGGGAGGAGGCCAUUUUCAACAAGAGCACUGGGAAGGUCAUCUUAAAAACAUUCAGCCUCUACAAGAAGCUUCUGACUCUUCUCAGAGCAGGCCAUGAUCAAGUGGUGGUCCUGCUGAAAGACAUCCAGGAUGUGAAUGUGGAGGAGGAAAAGGUCCGUUACUUUGGGAAGGGCUACAUGGUGGUGCUCCGGUUUGCAACAGGCUUCUCUCAUCCCCUUACACAGAGUGCAGUCAUGGGUCGACGCAGUGAUGUGGAAGCCAUUGCUAAACUCAUCACUAGCUUCUUGGAGCUGCAUCGCCUGGAGAGCCCCUCAGAACGGUCACAAAGCAGCGACAGUGAACCUGAUGUCCCUGGUGGCCAGAGCUGACAGUGUGGAAUGGCUGCUGGAAAAUGUUGCCCACUUCUGACACAUUUCCAACUGACGUGCUAAUUAUAAGGGCACAGGCAGAUCUUGGGCACCUGCCUGUGGCUCCAUGGGGAGUUCUACUCCGGACCACCUGCCUUUUGUUUGUUUGUGCUUCUACACUUUGCAGAACCAUGAGCUAGACCUCUUCCACAAUCCAGAAAGGUUGCAUCUAUCAGGAUGAUGGGGAUGGAUGCUACAUCUAGGGGGAGGGCAAGGUCUCAGAAAUUAGUGCCUUCCCUAGAGGUAUACUGCAGCUGUGGGUUGGGCAGCACAGCCUGGUCUGGAUAAGCUCACCCAAGGGCAAUCUGAAGCAUAAGAUGCCAAGCUUUCUUCAGCAUAAGCCUAGUGCCUGCCUUCAAGACGCCUUGCCACCCCAGGCUACUGCGGGAAGACUCCACUUCACAGUGAGAGUGAGACACCCACAUUCACGUAGGAAGGACCCACUCCUGUACACGCUGAGGUCUACUGUCCCUCACCAUCCCUCAAGAUGGACACUCUCGGUGGUCAGGGGCUUCCCUGAAGGCAACUCUGGAUGUUGGAGCUGGUUACAGAACUCUCAGAGAAAUCAGAGUGCUGCUGACUACCCUGUUCCUUCUUAGGCCACUUGUCUGAGAUCGCAGGGUGUUGGAGUGCAGCUGUCAGGAAUGGAAGGCUCUCCCAACCCAGCUGGGGAAGGGAAGGUCACCUCUUUUGGCAUCCUGCAGCCUUUAAGACCUGGGAGCUCCUUUACAGAAACUGAGUCUUAGCCUUUCAAGCCUGGAAACCACCUGGAGAAAAUAGGCACGUGGAGACACAGCCCUAUAAAUCCCAGUGUUCAGAAGUGAGGCGGGAAGAAGGUUCCAAGGCCAGCCUGGGCCAUGGCCUCUUCUAAUAAAGUUGGUACCAACCACUAA